AUCAGCUGUUCAAAGCAUGGACUAUAAAUGUAAAUAGUUGACUUUUCCAUUUCGUUAAAUUGUCAAAUGCGAUUUGUCUUUAACGUGCAAGCCCAUUUAUUUAUUUACUUUCUAUACGCCGAGGAGACCUUUAUGAAAAGGAAGAAACCUAAAUAAGAGUCAGUUAGUUUUGAACACUUUUAACGCCCUUUCGAGAUGAUUGUUCAGACUUCCCGGGCGCUGAGGCGAGCCGUGCCCGCCUGUGCACGCGUUGUACCCCGGCAUUUAUUCUCUGACAUCCCUGGAACAGAAGACUUAAGUGAGGAUGAACUGCAGAAAACAGCUUCUCUCUACGUGCAUUGGCCUUACUGUAUCAGAAGAUGUUCUUACUGCAAUUUCAAUAAGUAUAUUUCCAGAUCAAGCAAUAAUGAAAACAUGACUAAGUGCCUCCAGAAAGAGACACAAACUUUGCUUCAACUUAGUCACGUUUCAUGGUAUGUCAACAUCACAUCUGUGUUUUUCGGAGGAGGAACACCAAGCCUAGCCCCUCCUUCCACAAUCGCAGCAGUGCUCAAAUGCAUUUCACAACAUGCUCAUAUUCCUCACAAUGUUGAAGUAACUCUGGAGGUCAACCCCACCCCCCUUGGAAGGUCAAAGUUGGAGGAUUUUUACCAUGCUGGGGUGAACCGUUUCUCAAUUGGUGUCCAGACUCUCAAUGAUGAUGAUUUGGCAGUUUUGGAAAGAGACCACAGUUCCCAUGAUGCACUGCGCACCAUUGAAGAAGCAUCACGUCUGACUCCUGGCAGAGUUUCUGUUGACCUCAUGUUUGGGCGUCCUGGGCAGACUAUCCAAUCCUGGGACUCUGAGUUGAGGGAGGUGUUGCAGAUUUGUGAUGACCACCUGUCUCUGUAUCAGCUCACUGUGGAAAGAGGCACACAGCUUUUUAAACAGGUACAGUGUGGAGAAGUGAUUGUGCCUGGGGAGGAAGUUAGUGCAGAGAUGUACCAAAGAGCCAGGACUAUCCUCCACCAACACGGCUUUCAGCAGUAUGAAGUAUCAAACUUUGCAAGACAUAAUGCUGUUAGCCAUCACAAUCUGAGUUAUUGGGAAGGGAAACAGUACAUUGGAGUUGGACCAGGGGCACAUGGCAGAUUCGUCCCACUGGGAGAGGGGGGAGUUUGCAGAGAAGCCAGGACACAGACUUUGGAGCCUGAAGUUUGGAUGUGUGAGGUCCAGAAGAGGGGACAUGGCACCCGGAGAAGGAUUCAUCUCUGUCAACAUGAACUACUAGAGGAGGUGUUGGUGAUGGGAAUGAGAAUGACCAAAGGCAUAACGCACAAGCACUGGCAGUGUUUCAGCCCACACGUGAACCUCCACCAUAUUUUUGAUUCAUCCCCCGAUGUACAAGAUUUACGUCAAAGUGGCAAACUAAUACUUGAUGAAAGAGGCCUUCGUUGCACAUAUGAGGGACUUGCCUUCCUGGACAGCAUACUUCCGACUCUACUCUUGGAAAUUGAACGGAUUUAUGCUCCAAAACAAAAAGACAGUAACAGUUUUUACAAUCCGAGGUGACAACAACAUGGAUAAAGGUACAUUUUCACCUGAUGACUGAUUAAUACCUUAUAUAUUAUAUAAUAUCUGACAUACAUACAAAUUUACUCUUGUGAGCUUUAAGUCAUGUUAUAAUGCUGUCACCUCAUCAAAAACAUACCAGGAGUUUUUUGUUUCAUUCACACAUAACCCUUUAUUAUUAAUCUGUCUAGAUCUCCAAAGCUCAGAAUGCUGUGUUCCACCUUGUGAUGUCAUUUAGUGGUAGUUUUCAAGUGAACACCUCCUUUUACCUAUUGUUUAAUAGAAAUUGCCUGCUCCAGAGCUAUAAUCAUCCAAAUGAUUCUAGUGAAGGUAUAUGAAGUUUAAAAACAUAGUGGAGGGCUUCCUGUGUCACCACAUGACAUCACAAGGUGGAACAAAGUGUUUUCUGUUUGAAAAGAACUCAGCCUAAAUACGCAGCGUGAAUGAAACAAAACACAAGAGAAAACCUUAUAACACAGACUAAAAAUAGCAUAAUAUUUUCCUUUUAACCUCGGCUUGAGCCUUUAUCACUUUUUGUUGGCAAUAUUUUUUAUUAACAAAAUGAAUCAUGCUCUUCAGAGGUAUACUUUUCAUGUUAACUCAGUUGGGCUUGACUAAUUAAUAACUGAAUUAAUUAGUUAUGACAAAACCUGUGACAGAGAAGUUGAAUCAGGACCAUCAGGAUUUACAUCAUAAUUGGAUUAUUUUUAUUCUCUCUAUUUCAACCUUGUUUUGCAGUGAUGACUACACAAACAAAAAUGUCACCUUCUCAAUGCACUCUUAUUAUUGGACAGGAAAUGGCUUGUUGUUGAGUUGGUGGGAAUAUGUGUUAAUUUGUCAUGAGUAGGCGUGUGUAAUGAGAUUCAGUGGUCUAUCUGUCCUUUUGUUAAUAUGCCUACUACAAAACCUCUCAGUGUCUUUUUUUCCUAAUAAUGGAAAUGUAUUCCAGUCAUAUUGCAUUCAUCACAAUUACAAAAGCUUUGUUGUAGCUGUCGUAUAAAAAGGCCUUGGGCAAUAAGGACUGUUUGAGCUCUCUCCAUGGUGCUGAAUCCUCCGAAUUUAUGACUUUGUUCCUGUUGCCCACUCACUACUUUUCACUGUGCGAGACACCUCAGCUCUGCUAUUUUUAAGUAUCAAGGCUUCUCUCGCUCUACGCUUUCAAUAAUAUCUUAAAAGUUAUUGUAGUGGUUUAAAGGGAGUGAAUCUUUUAUAUAUUUUUUAUCAAAAUAAUUCCUAUAAAUACGGUUUUAAAAGAUAAUUUUAAAUACAUUCAUUUCAUUUACUUAAUUGAUGGUCAUCUGUAAAAACCACAGAUCCCUCAAGAAUCAAGAAUCUCCUCAAUAGAAAUGAUUAAUGUGCAGAAAAUAACAAAGGUCUUGUGACAUAUAAACAGCCUUUAUUAAAUAAUUCUUACAUACAAAAAAUACAAAAUGUUAUAAUGCAUUGGUCCAGCCAAAUGCUAUAGGAGUAUAACUCCUUACAUUAUAUGACAUUGCAGCAUACUACUACAAUUGGUUUUCCAAGAAGGCUCAAAUUCAUUGAAUCUGACACCUCUCGGGUUUGGAUGAUUUUGUGCUUGAUCCAAGCACUAGCUUCAGAUCCGUGGUGAAACUGGGUCUGCGCGCCAAUGGAUCCACGGCCCCACAUGGCGCACGUGCCUUGUGCGUCUUGCUGCUUCUGCCCCUUUGGCUCGCGCACAGAGACUGGUAGCUGAGGAUGGGGAUGAUCUCGUGACGGGACGGGCUCGUUUCGUCAGGCAAACCGCCCAGUCGGGCCAGCGCACGGAACAUGAUUUCCAGUCCUGUACUGUUCUUGGCGGAGGUUUCGACGUACGUAACGUCUUCACCCAAUGUUUUGACCACUUCAGAGCGGCCCAUGACUCUCUGGGAUGCGCCCAGGUCCGUCUUGUUCCCACAGACCACUAUAGGGACCUUGGCCGGAGUCUUCAUUUUGAGAAACUUUGUCUUUGCAGAUUUGAUCUCACUGAACAGCUCACACACUUCUCGGAAAGAGUCUCUGCUGUCCAAACUGAAGACGAGCAGAAAGAUGUCACCUGGAAAAGCACAGUGAUGUUAGUAUUUGUAAAACACACAUUGUUCUUGAAUAUUCAUUAAUCUAUGAGACCCACCUGUGAGGAUAGACAGUCUGCGCUUCGCGGGGAAGUCUCUCUCGCACGCCGCAUCCAGCAGAUCCACUCGGUACGUCUCUCCUCCGAUGUGAAACAGCUUUCUGUGAAAGUCCUCUCUAGUGGGUUCAUAGUGCUCUUUAAAGUCUUUACCCAAAAACCUGAGCAGGAGGUUGGUUUUGCCCACCUUUGGCGCACCGAGCACGACUAUCCUCUGGCAGUUUUGCGGCUUUAUCCGCCCGAGAUCCAUGUUAUCUACUGACUUUUUCACUAGUUUUUCACUGGAUACUUGUCUCUGGCCAGAGCUAGACCGGGCUGACCUCGUCAUUUUCACAUGUCCUCCCCGGCAGUCGUGGACCGUUUUUACGAUGCUCAUGCCCGCCUUGGACAAACUGAACGUGCUGGGAUGCUGAAUGAAGGACGCUCUGUGCGUCAACAGGUGCGAAACGCCUAGGGGCUGCUGUCCGAGGAGGCUGAACAGGUCGAGGAUGCCAUCAAAAGGAAGGUAGCCCUUCUCAGUUGAGUUCAUCUCAGUUAUCUGUUUGUCCGGACGCCCCGAUGUUCAGAGCCUUACCGAGAUGUCUGCCUCUCAAUUUUGAGUCUCCGCAUGAUACAGUCACCAUUUUUAUAAGCACGCACCAGGCGCGCGCUCUGCGUCAUCAAGUGUCAUCAACAAUUUCCUUCCUUUUAUAGUAGGUUAUUAUGCCGGCCAAUAGCCCCCCAGUUUAACUCGCGAUUUCUCUGUGAAGAAUAUUUAGCACUAGAAAAGUCUAGGACAUCGCAUCCUCAGGCAUUUGGCAAAUUCACAUAGUUUGUGCCUAACAAUAACACCCUUAUGCUCAUACUUUUUUGGCUCUAUUUAGAAAUACUAUAUGCCUUAUGCUUUUAUUUAUUUGAUUAUUUAUUUAUUCACUCUUUAUUUACUAUAAUUUCUUAUUUCCUUAUGUUGAAGGGACAGUGAAAUUAAUCCACAUGCUCCAAAUGAGUACAUAUACCUAUCACUGCACGGACCAAACAGUCACGAUCUGCAUUUGUUACAACUCAUGCUCUGUGAUUCACACUGUUGUCACUGGUCAUCACAAAGCAUUAAACAAAUAGCCUGUGUGUGUAUAUGUAAUAAGCUAAAAUGAACACAUUGAUGUAUAUGACACAACAUUUUGUUGGAAUGGUUACAAUUGAUUGGCAUCGUGCGACUGUAGAGACCUCAAAGCCUCCUUUUGAUGAAGCAAGGACACUGUCUGAAUGAAGAGGAUGCUCUCAACUGUUCCUCUGGGAGACAUGAAGAGUGCAGUGGGCUGCCUGUACUCACUCAGAACACUGAUGCUUCUGUCAUGGCCAAUUUGAAUAAGUGUAGCCGUAGCCCUGUUAUGAUGGAAAUUCAGGGAUUUUUUUUUCUAUAGUUCUGCUAUUAGUGAAGUAUUGUUUGUAAAAUGUGAAAAUAUGUAAAUACAAAGAUAUGCAAAAUAUAGCAGUGCUGCAUUAAAUAUUUCUAGCUUUUC